CUCCGUCCCGUGACGUCAACACCCGGCGACGGCGAUGGGGCCGGGUGCCUUUGGCGCUUGGCGCCUCGGGGCGCUUCUGUGGCGUGGUGCCCUCUCCUGCGGAUUGAGGCCCACAGUGGGCGCAGGGACCCGACCUCCCUCGGGCCCGCCUCUCGGCCUGGCCUACCUGGCCCCCGGCCCCACGCGCGGCCUGCACGGCGGGACCCGGCCGGAGGAGCGGGCGGAGGGUGUUGCCGACGAGGGGCGCCGCGAGUCGAGCGCAGCAGAUCAUACCAGCCUCAAGUUUGACAUCGAUACACUGGUUUCACUUCUGAGGCAAGAAAAUGCAAGAGACAUUUGUGUAAUCAAGGUUCCUCCUGAGGUGAAAUAUACAGAUUACUUUGUGAUUGGGAGUGGAACCUCCACCCGACACUUACAUGCCAUGGCCUACUACAUUGUGAAAAUGUACAAAUACCUGAAGUGUAAAAGUGACCCUCAUGUUAAGAUAGAAGGGAAGGACACUGAUGACUGGCUCUGUGUGGACUUUGGCAACAUGGUGAUUCAUUUGAUGCUUCCAGAAACCAGAGAAACCUAUGAAUUAGAGAAAUUAUGGACCCUGCGUUCUUAUGAUGACCAGUUAGCUCAGAUAGCAUCUGACACAUUACCUGAAGACUUCAUUCUUGGACUAGAAGACCACACUUCAUCCCUGACUCCAGUGGAGUUCAAGUGUGAAUAAAAUUGUAUGAACUGCUUUAGUCAUUUCAGAUUUGGAUUGAGUUGCUUCUCUAAUAAGUUGGUUGGGUUGUUGUCAAAACAAGCCUUGUCUACCUCAUGGGCACUCAUGCUGACCGACACCUGGAGAUUGUAGCUAAGUGAGCUAGUAACUCAUACCAAAACUCAGUAGGUUCAAACCAAAACUUUUAACAUGUCUGUAUUCCUGGGGAUUACAGCAGGAUUUCCAGGAGUUAGCACUGGCCCCUUUGCACCUCUUAAACUCUGCUCAGUCAGGUUUUUAAUUUUGCUUACAUGCAGAUAGUCUGUAGAGUGAAUGGCCAAAUUAAAACAACAAAAAACUACCAUCACACCAGUCCAGUUACCUUUUCUUUGAGGUGAUUAAGGGCAGCAGUAAAUACCAGAAUAUUCUUCUUGGACAAGGCUUCUAAACUCUUCAAGAGCACUCCAAAUGAAAGAAGAAAGUAAAAAUUUAGACAAGUUCCAAGUCUCAUGGAUCCUAAAAGUCAUGCAAAUCUGCCAUGCCACUGAAAGUGAAGCGUGUUUUGGGAGGGUAGGGGAGGUUGUUAGCUUAGUGCAAAAAAAAAAAAAGUAUUAGGAAAACUUUCUUAAAAUCUGUAAUUCUUAGUUCAUACACAACAGUAUUAUCAAGGUUGGCAUUAAGUUACAUGGAAUGGAGAAAUAAACAUUUUACCAGUAAAUAUUGGUACUUGAGAUUGACAUAGUAUUACUAAAAAUCUUUUUAAGUUCUUAAUUUGAUCAAAUUCAGAACUUUCACAUUCAUUUGAAACACCAAAAACAAAACAUACUACACACCAAGCUCCAUCUAAUGAUGAAAAAUUUUAUUCUGCAUAAAGGUAUCUGGAAAAUGAAGCUGCAUUGGGGGCACAUUAUAGAUGAGGAAUGAUCCAUACAUGGUGAAUACAAAACUCAAUUACAGAUUUAUAUCCUAGCUAUUACCAGAUACUCCAAAUUACCAAUGCUUAAUUGAAAGUAAAACAUGAUUUGCCACAUUAAAACGCCAGAAGUGAAAUAUGACAGAAUUUAAACCAGCAGAUAUAAAUGCAGCACCUAUCUGUAUUAAGAAAAAUCAAAUACUGGAGAAAAUAUUGAGGAAGAACUCUGGCAUUAAACACAUCUCACCUGAAAUCCAACCAGAAAGUCGGUCCGUGUUUUUUUUUUUU